CAGCGUAUCAGCUAACGGUUGAGCUGUGGUCACACUGCUGCUGGCAGUCCAUUCCACGCCAAUGUCCUCGAAGGAUUCCUCGGUGGCCGCAGCCGUGGCCAGCUGCAAACUGAAGAAGCAGCAGCGCCGUCGCCUGGCGGCCUUCGACUUUGACCACACGAUCGUGUCGCAGAACACGGACACGGUGGUCCGCGACCUCUUGCCCACGGAGGUGACCAGUGCCCGGGCCAACGAAUUGAUGGAAAACGACUGCUGGACGGAAUACAUGGCUGAGGUGUUCCGCCUGCUGCACGAGCAACAGGUGCCGGAGUCGCGGAUCAGAGACACCAUCCGCGGCAUUCCGGAAGUGCCCGGCUUCGUCCGGCUCAUUAAGCACUUGGCCAAGCGGCUGCACUUCGAUCUAAUCAUCAUCAGUGAUUCGAACAGCGUGUUCAUCGAGGAGUGGCUGCGGGCGCACAACCUGGCCGAUUGCUUUGUGGCCGUCUUCACCAAUCCGGCGGAGUUCGAUGCUUCUGGCCGCUUAAUCGUCCGACCGCAUCAUCAGCAGUCGGACUGCAAGCUGAGCGCCAGCAAUUUGUGCAAGGGCCGCGUCCUUGAGCACUUUGUCAUUGAACAGGAUCUACGACGGAGCAUUCGCUACGACCAUGUCUUCUAUGUCGGCGAUGGCAACAACGAUAUCUGUCCGGUGCUGCGACAGCGGGCCUGCGACUUCGCCUGCGCCCGCAAGGGAUUCGCCAUGGAGAAGCACCUCCUGCGCAACCGCAGCAAGUUGAAGCUGCGCGCCCAGCUGCUGGUGUGGAAGAGCGGCUUUGAUCUGAUGGACCAGAUGCUCGCCCUACCCCAACUGCAAACUCCGCAGGUUUGCCCGGGUGAUCCGGAUCCGGAUCGGAGCAACGAAACCGCGGCCCCGGAGGUGGCACGGCGAGCAUCGGCCAUCGCCGGGCCGGCCAAGUCUCCGAAUUAAGAUGACACCUUCUUCGCAUUUGAGACCUCCAUAAGUGUGUAGAAAAGGUAAUCGAGAACGAUCAGAUUGGCAUCGUAGAAUCGUAGGCUUACUCGUUAUUUGAUCAACAUCUAUUGUGAAUCCUUAGGAACCAGGGAAACCAACGUGGACAGUGCUGAUAUUAUACUUUUUAGUUUUAAUUAACCGAUGGCCUAAAUUAAUUCAUCCAAAUCAUGCAAAUCAGCUGACUUUUAAGGGGUUAUAUCCAGUUGCGAUUUUGAAAAAAUCGAAAUUUUUUUUUUUGCCUAUUUUGAAUGUAUAUAUAUCUAAGAAGAUUGUCUGAA